AUGGUUCAAGCUUCCGUUUUAGGUUUCCCACGUAUCGGUGCCCAGAGAGAGUUGAAGAAGGUCACCGAGGCCUACUGGUCCAAGAAGGUGACUGUCGACGAUUUGUUGGCUAAAGGUAAGGAAUUGAGAGCCCACAACUGGAAGUUGCAGAAGGAUGCUGGUGUGGAUGUCAUUGCUUCCAACGAUUUCUCCUACUACGACCAGGUGUUGGACUUGUCGCUUUUGUUCAACGUCAUCCCAGACAGAUACACCAAGUUCGACUUGGCCCCAAUUGACGUUUUGUUCGCCAUGGGUAGAGGUUUGCAGAGAAAGGCUACCGAGACUGAGGCCGCCGUCGAUGUCACUGCCUUGGAGAUGGUCAAGUGGUUUGACUCCAACUACCAUUACGUCAGACCAACCUUCUCUCACUCCACUGAGUUCAAGUUGAACUCCGAGGCUGGUUUAAAGCCUGUCAACGAGUACUUGGAGGCCAAGGAAUUGGGUGUUGAGACCAGACCUGUCAUUGUGGGUCCAAUCUCUUACUUGUACUUGGGUAAGGCCGACAAGGACUCCUUGGACUUGGACCCAAUCUCUUUGUUGGACAAGUUCUUGCCAGUUUACAAGUCUUUGCUUGCUGAGUUGUACAAGGCUGGUGCCAAGACCGUGCAAAUUGAUGAGCCAAUCUUGGUUUUGGACUUGCCUGAGUCUGUCCAGAAAUUGUACAAGUCUACCUUCGACGCUUUGGUCGGCGAAGGUUUGCCAGAGGUUGUCUUGACCACUUACUUCGGUGAUGUCAGACCAAACAAGGCUGCUAUCACUGACUUGUCCGUCUCUGGUUUCCACUUUGACUUUGUCAGAGCUCCAGAGCAGUUUGAUGAGGUUGUUGCUCUCUUGAACGACAAGCAGACUUUGUCUGUCGGUGUUGUUGACGGUAGAAACAUCUGGAAGACCGACUACGCUAAGGCUUCUGCUCUCGUCAACAAGGCUAUUGAGAAGUUGGGUAAGGACAGAGUUGUUGUUGCCACCUCUUCCUCUUUGUUGCACACUCCAGUUGACUUGAAGUCCGAGUCUAAGUUGGACCCAGUGAUUGCUGACUGGUUCCAGUUCGCCACCCAGAAGUUGGACGCCGUCGUUGCCAUUGCCAAGGACGUCUCUGGUGAGGAUGUUGCUGACUUGUACGCCGCUAACGCCAAGUCUAUCAAGGCUAGAAAGGAGUCUUCCAUCACCACCAACCCUAAGGUCCAGGAGAGAUUGGCUACCAUCAACGAGUCGCUCUCUACCAGAAAGGCCCCAUUCGCAGACAGAUUGGCUGCCCAGAAGGAGAAGUACAACUUGCCAUUGUUCCCAACCACCACCAUUGGUUCUUUCCCACAGACCAAGGACAUCAGAGUCAACAGAAACAAGUUCACCAAGGGUACCAUCACCAAGGAGGAGUACGAGGAGUUCAUCAACAAGGAGAUUGAGACCGUCAUCAGAUUCCAGGAGGAGAUCGGUUUGGACGUCUUGGUCCACGGUGAGCCUGAGAGAAACGACAUGGUCCAGUACUUCGGUGAGCAGUUGGAGGGUUACGUCUUCACCACCAACGGUUGGGUCCAGUCCUACGGUUCUAGAUACGUCAGACCACCUAUCAUUGUUGGUGACGUUUCCAGACCAAAGGCUAUGUCCGUCAAGGAGUCUGUUUACGCUCAGUCUUUGACCAAGUUGCCUGUUAAGGGUAUGUUGACUGGUCCAGUUACCUGUCUCAGAUGGUCUUUCCCAAGAGAUGACGUCUCCCAGAAGGUCCAGUCCUUGCAAUUGGGUUUGGCUUUGAGAGAUGAGGUCCAGGACUUGGAGGCUGCUGGUAUUACUGUCAUCCAGGUUGAUGAGCCAGCUAUCAGAGAGGGUUUGCCAUUGAGAGCUGGUCAGGAGAGAUCCGACUACUUGAACUGGGCUGCUCAGUCUUUCAGAGUUGCCACCUCUGGUGUCGAGAACUCUACCCAGAUCCACUCCCACUUCUGUUACUCUGACUUGGACCCUAACCACAUCAAGGCCUUGGACGCCGAUGUUGUUUCCAUCGAGUUCUCCAAGAAGGACGAUGCUAACUACAUCAGAGAGUUCUCUGACUACCCUAACCACAUCGGUUUGGGAUUGUUCGAUAUCCACUCCCCAAGAAUCCCAUCUAAGGAGGAGUUUGUUUCCAGAAUCGAGGAGAUCUUGAAGGUCUACCCUGCUGACAAGUUCUGGGUCAACCCUGACUGUGGUUUGAAGACCAGAGGCUGGGAGGAGACCAAGGCUUCUUUGACCAACAUGGUUGACGCUGCCAAGGAGUUCAGAGCCAAGUACUAA